GUCUUCUCGGGGAAGAGAAGCCCUCCAGACAGCCUCUGGAGAGUCUCCGAGUUCCUGCAGCCAUCGGUGGAGAGUGUCCGCUAGUAAACUCUGCAGAGAAGCCACCGUGCCCAAGGCAGUCCCAGGAUGCGGCCAGGACAGGCAGGGGGCGCGCGGACGCUGCUGCAGCUGGUGCUCGCACUUGGCCAAGGCAUUUUAAAUUGUCUGGCAUACAAUGUUGGUGUCCCAGAAGCAAAAAUAUUCUCUGGUUCUUCAAGUGAGCAGUUCGGCUAUGCGAUACAGCAGUUCAUAAAUCCAAAAGGCAACUGGUUACUGGUGGGUUCACCCUGGAGUGGUUUUCCUGAGAACCGAAUGGGAGAUGUGUAUAAGUGCCCUGUUGACCUGUCUACGGCCACAUGUGAAAAGCUAAAUUUGCAAACUUCCACAAGCAUGCCAAGUGUGACCGAGAUGAAAACCAACAUGAGCCUUGGCUUGACUCUCUCAAGGAACGUGGGGACCGGAGGGUUUCUCACAUGCGGUCCUCUGUGGGCACAGCAGUGCGGAAAUCAGUAUUACACAACCGGCAUCUGCUCUGAUGUCAGCCCUGAUUUCAAGCUCUUGUCCAGCUUUUCACCUGCAGUACAGGCCUGCCCUUCGCUUAUAGAUGUUGUGGUAGUGUGUGAUGAAUCAAAUAGUAUUUAUCCUUGGGACGCAGUAAAGAACUUUCUGGAGAAAUUUGUUCAAGGCCUGGAUAUUGGCCCCACAAAAACACAGGUGGGAUUAAUUCAAUAUGCUAAUAAUCCAAGAAUUGUGUUUAACCUGAACACCUUUGAAAACAAAGAUGACAUGAUUGUAGCAACAUCCCAGACAUACCAACAUGGUGGGGACCUCACAAACACAUUCAAAGCAAUCCAAUUUGCAAGAAAUUUUGCUUAUUCGGCAGCUUCUGGUGGACGUCCAGGAGCCACGAAAGUCAUGGUCGUUGUAACUGACGGUGAAUCACAUGAUGGUUCAACGUGGAAAGCUGUGAUUGAUCAAUGCAACGAUGAUAACAUACUGAGGUUUGGCAUAGCAGUUCUUGGGUACUUAAACAGAAAUGCCCUUGAUACUAAAAAUUUAAUAAAAGAAAUCAAAGCUAUUGCCAGUAUCCCAACAGAAAGAUACUUUUUCAACGUGUCUGAUGAGGCAGCUCUACUGGAAAAGGCUGGGACAUUAGGAGAACAGAUUUUCAGCAUUGAAGGUACCGUUCAGGGAGGAGACAACUUCCAGAUGGAAAUGUCGCAAGUGGGAUUCAGUGCGGAUUACUCUCCUCAAAACGAUAUUCUGAUGCUAGGUGCAGUAGGAGCUUUUGGAUGGAGUGGGACAGUUGUCCAGGAAACAUCUCAGGAACAUUUGAUUUUUCCAAAGCAAGCCUUUGACCAAAUUCUGCAAGACAGAAACCACAGCUCAUAUUUAGGUUACUCCGUGGCUGCGAUUUCUACCGGACAAAGCAUCCAUUUUGUGUCUGGAGCUCCUCGGGCAAAUUAUACUGGCCAGAUAGUGCUCUACAGUGUUAAUGAGAAUGGCAAUGUCACAGUUAUUCAGACUCACAGGGGUGACCAGAUUGGCUCCUACUUCGGCAGCGUGCUAUGUUCCGUUGAUGUGGAUAAAGACACCACCACAGAUGUGUUGCUGGUAGGUGCGCCAAUGUACAUGAACGACCUAAAGAAAGAGGAAGGAAGAGUCUACCUGUUUACCAUCAAGAAGGGCGUUUUGGAUCAGCACCAGUUCCUGGAAGGGCCUGAGGGCACUGAAAAUGCACGGUUUGGUUCAGCGAUUGCAGCUCUCACAGAUGUCAACAUGGAUGGUUUGAAUGAUGUGAUUGUUGGUUCGCCUUUAGAAAACCACAACUCUGGAGCUGUGUACAUCUACAAUGGCCGCCGUGCUCCGCAGAGCACCAUUCACACAAAGUACUCUCAGAAAAUCCUGGGAUCGGACAGUUCCUUUCCAAGCCGUCUCCAGUACUUUGGGAGAUCCCUGGAUGGCUAUGGGGAUUUGAAUGGAGAUUCUAUCACUGAUGUGUCUGUUGGUGCUUUAGGGCAAGUGGUUCAACUCUGGUCGCAAAGUAUUGCUGAUGUAACGGUGGAUGCUUCAUUCACGCCAGAAAAAAUCACUCUGUUGAACAAGAAUGCUCAGAUACUCCUCAAGCUCUGCUUCAGUGCCAAGUUUAGACCUAACAGUCCCGACAGUCAAGUGGCCAUUGUGUAUAAUAUCACACUUGAUGCAAAUGGAUUUUCAUCCAGAGUAACCUCCAGAGGCUUAUUUAGAGAAAAUAAUGACAGGUGCCUGCAGAAACAUAUGAUUGUGAACCAAGUCCAGAGCUGCUCUGAGCAUGUGGUCCACAUACAGGAGCCCUCUGAUGUUGUCAACUCUUUGGACCUGCAUGUGAACAUCAGUUUGGCAAACCCUGGCACUAGCCCUGCCCUGGAAGCCUAUUCUGACACUGCCAAGGUCUUCAGUAUUCCUUUCUAUAAAGACUGUGGUGGUGAUGGGCUUUGCAUCUCAGAUCUGGUUCUUGAUGUCAAACAGCUGCCAGCUGCCCAGGAACAACCUUUUAUUGUCAGCAAUCAAAACAAAUGGUUAACAUUUUCAGUAACACUGAAAAACAAAAAAGAAAGUGCAUACAACACCAGAAUUGUGAUUGACUUUUCAGAAAACUUGUUUUUUGCUUCCUCUUCUAUGCCGGUUGAUGGGACAGAAGUGACAUGCCAGAUUGCUUCAUCUCAGAAGUCUGUCACCUGCAAUAUAGGCUACCCUGCUUUAAAGAAACAACAGCAGGUGACUUUUACUAUUAACUUCGACUUCAAUCUUCAAAACCUUCAGAAUCGGGCAUCUGUCAGUUUCCGAGCCAUAAGUGAAAGCCAGGAAGAAAACGUGGCAGAUAAUUCAGUCAGCCUCAAAAUACCUCUCCUGUGUGACGCGGAGAUUCACCUGACCAGAUCCACCAACAUCAAUUUUUAUGAAGUCUCAUCGGAUGGGAAUGUUCCUUCUAUCGUGAACAGUUUUGAAGAUAUUGGUCCAAAAUUCAUCUUCUCCCUAAAGGUAACAACAGGAAGUGUCCCUGUCAGCAUGGCGUCUGUGAUCAUCCACAUCCCUCAGUACACCAAAGAAAAGAACCCCCUGAUGUACCUGACCGGGGUGCGCACGGGACAGACUGGUGACAUCCACUGUGAUGCAGAAAUAAAUCCACUGAGAAUUGGCCAAGCACCAUUUCCUGUAUCUUUCAAGAGUGAGAAUUUUCGGCAGAUGAAAGAAUUGAACUGCAGAACUGCUUCGUGUAGUAACAUCACCUGCAGGCUGACAGACCUUCCCAUGAGAGGAGAGUACAUCAUCAAUGUGUCCACCAGGAUCUGGAACUGGACUUUUGCAGCAUCGUCUUUCCAGGCGGUACAGCUGACAGCGGCUGCGGAGAUCGACACUCACAACCCUCAGAUAUUCGUGAUUGAAGAAAACACCAUCACGAUCCCCCUGAUGCUAACGAAGCCUGGCGAGAAGGCAGAGGUGCCAACGGGAGUCAUAGUGGGGAGUAUAAUUGCUGGGAUCCUUUUGCUCUUAGCUCUGGUUGCAAUUUUAUGGAAGCUUGGCUUCUUCAAAAGAAAAUAUGAGAAAAUGAACAAAAAUCCAGAAGAGCUGGACGAGACCACGGAACUCAACAGCUGAGCACCCCAGCAGCCGCUGCAGUGGGUGGACACGGCCAUGUCUCCUCCGGGGCCUGCUGCUCCCUUGGGCAUGAAUGGAUUGCUUUUCAACUCUUAGGUUUUUUGUUUUUGAAAAAUGUAAAGAGGGGAGACUAGCCUGAUAUUUUAAGAGAAACUGCUGGUCAGAUUGGAAUGAAGAAAUUUUA